CCUAUUGAGGAAGCCAUAGUGCGCGGUGCCUGAAUCGAGUCGUACCGGCUUCUUAAUCUGUGUCUCAUUGCUCAUAUCAAACGCGUGCGCAAAGUCCAACAGUCCUUUCAUACAGUCAGCUACAGUGUGAAACUUUAUUAUUUAUUGGUUUAUUUUUUCUUGUCGCAAGAGCGAAUAAUAUCAGGCAUUUCUAACUCAAAACGGAAAAAAAAACAUAUUAUGGAGACGGAAAUACACGUGCCUGUGGGCUCGCCGACAAUCAGAAAAUUCCCAAUACACGUCGAUGAGCAUAACGUUAAAGAUGGGGCGAUAAAAUUAAUUAAAGAGCUGCGGCCAACAUGGGACAUUAACCUGGUCAAGACCAAGCUUUUCACAGAAGGAACGACCAACAAGCUGGUGGGCUGCUACGUGGACGAGAGCCCGGAGGACGUGGUGCUGGUGAGGGUGUACGGCAACAAGACCGAGCUGAUUGUGGACCGCGACAAUGAGCUGAAGAGCUUCCAGGUUCUCCACGCCAACGGCUGUGCUCCUCGACUCUACUGCACCUUCAACAACGGCAUCUGCUACGAGUUCAUGCAAGGAGACGCUCUCGGCACGCAGGACGUCAGGGACCCCGUGCUGCUCAGACUCAUUGCUACAGAAAUGGCCCGCAUCCACGCCAUCCACGCACACAAUGGCUGCAUCCCCAAACCCAACCUGUGGAUCAAGAUGCGCAAGUACUUCUCCCUAGUGGCCACCGAGUUCACCGACCAAGCCUCCAACGCCAGAAUCCGAGAGGAAGUUCCCAGUAAGGAAGUUCUGGAAGAGGAAAUGUCGUGGAUGAAGGAACACCUGUCUCAGCUCGGCUCGCCCGUGGUGCUCUGCCACAACGACCUGCUCUGCAAAAAUAUCGUCCACAAUGUGAAGGAAGGUUACGUUCGCUUCAUAGACUACGAGUACUCAAGUUACAACUACCAGGCGUUUGACAUUGGGAACCAUUUCAACGAGUUUGCAGGCAUGAGUGAACUGGACUACGGUCUGUACCCGAGUCGGGAGCUGCAGCUGGAUUGGCUGCACACCUACCUGAAGGCCUACAAACUCUUCACCAAGAAGGGAGAGGAAGUGAGCCAGCUUGAGCUUGAGACACUCUAUGUUCAGGUCAACAAGUUUUCACUGGCAUCACAUUUCUUCUGGGGCUUCUGGGCCCUCAUCCAGGCCAAGUACUCCACCAUUGACUUUGACUUCCUUGGAUACGCCGUCCUACGCUUCAACCAGUACUUCAAGACCAAGCCGGAUGUCAUGGCCCUGAAGAUCCCGAAGUGAGAGGAGACAACAAGCUAAGCUGCUGCUUUGCCCUUGGGAAUGGAGAAGCCUUUUUUGGAAAGGGGAGGGUUCUGGGGUACAGCACGGGUGGGUAUGAGGGCAGGUCGAGUUCCUGGUUCCCUCCACUCAAACACAACUCGGUCCACAUGUGUGUAUUUACUUCCACAUUUCAUCACAUCAUAAAGCGUGUUUUUUUUUUGUUGUUUUUUUUUUGUUUUUUGUUUUUUGGUGCACUUUAUUUAUUUCUGACUCACUUUUAUAUAAAUAUUAUUGCAUGCAUUCACCCAAACUUAUUUUGCAGUGGAGUUUUACAGUGUGUAUCUGCAGUUAUAUAACUAAUGCCUUUGCUUUCUUUCUUUCUUUUUUAUUUCUUUUAUAUAUAUAUAUAUAUAUAUAUAUAAGAGCAAGCAAGAGAGAGAGAAAAGUUUCUGCUGUCCAAAAAAAUUGUAAUCAGAAAUUAGUUUUCAGACCUGAAGCAGCAUAUGUGGUAGUCUGGAAUCCUAUGCUUGGUUAAGCAUGAGUUUUUUGACUUUUCUUUUUUUUUCUUCUUUUUUUUUUGCACUCCAGACAUUCCUGAGAGGUUAAGGCCACCGGGGCCAAUCGUCCUCCUCUUUCUGGGGACCAGGGUUUUUUUUUCUCUGCCUUUUAAGCUUUUAUGGUAACGAGUAACUCUGUUGAAUUUUCCACUCAGCGCAGGUGAUGGAAAAAUCUCAGCCCCGGCCUCCGCCUCCUCCAUUUGCCCUCGCAUUACCUGCCGAGGGACAUACCGGGCAACCAAAGUCCCAGAAGCUUGACUGGGAAUUUUUUUUCUAAUGACUAAAAAAAAAAAAAAUCGUCAAUCUGUUCAACCAAUUCCUGAAAGAAAAAAGGUGCUGGAGGUUAUUUAAGCUCGUUGCAUAAUUUGAUCCAGCAGAUGUUAAGGCUUUGUGUGGCUCGAGUUCCUCACACAUUAGAUCUUGAAGCAAUAGAUUCAGGUAUAACCUUUACACUAAUGAAGUGCAUAUUAUUAAUGAUCACAGCAGACAGGUGACAAACGAAAGGGGAAAAAAAACCUGGGCCACAAGGUUAGGAUUAUAUAUUUUGCUGCCAAUCUUUUGGUUCCACUCGUCCCGUUCGAGUGAAGUGUCACUGCAGAGUUAUCACGAGUGAUCGUCUAUGUUUCAAUCCUGAAUAGAGGCGUGGUCUCUUCCAACUUGACUCCGCCCCCACUCACAGAGCACGACAGCUCAAUAAAUCUAUCAGUGAGGACAAAACUGAUAUAACUCGUAUGCUAUGGCCUUCACACUUAUCAAAUCUCAACAAAAUCGGACACUUACAGUAUGAGGGGAGAAGUUAGACAGCGCUCUCCAGCACCAUCAUCAUCAAAAAACCACUUCAGAGAAUGUCUUCUGGUGUUCAUCGCUUCAAUCCAGUUCCAAAGAGGUGUAAAAUAGUUUUCAAGGUGUACUCAUGUUGUACUGGUGGCUCGUGGUGGCCCAAAGCACCUUACUAAGCCACGUCCUUUAGCUUGUCCUCUGUUUGGAACAAAAGCUUUACUGUUAAUAGAGAUAUGCCCGUAUUUCUUAUAAAGUUGUUGUUUUGAGUUGUCUAGUUUUUUUUUUAAACAUAUCUUGUUAUUCUGGCUUAAUAUUUAACAUUUCACAAUCUAACAAUAAAAAUUAAUUUAUUGUGUAUUAGCUUACGGUUAUUAUUUUGUAAACUGUUUCCCUGAUAGUCAGUAAGCCAGGCGCUGCUUUAGUGGAAAUUCAGUUCACACAUUUGUUAUGGCUAGUGAUUAUUAAUUCAUUAAAAUGCGUUCAGGUACGAACGAGUCAAAUUCGAACGAACAAAACGAGCGCUGUGAUAUGAUCGUUCUGUCCAUUUUAAGUGUUAUGAGAAUAAAAAUAAUACGACACAGACAGAAUUGCAACAUUAUAUUGAAAUAAUACAAUACCAAGUCAAAAUAACGACAUCUCCUCUCAUGAAGUAAUGAGAUCUUAAGUUGGAAUGAGGACGUAUCUUAGAGUAAUGAGUUUUAAAAAAAUGAGAUUACAUCAAAAUAAUGACGUACCUUGAAGUAGAGUUGUCAAAAGAACGAGCUCUUAAGAUCUUCAAGCUGUGUUAUUUUGACGUACAUCACGUAGAGAUAACAUCUUGAAAUCUUGCAUUAAAUCAAAAUAAUCAUAUCUUGAAAUAACGAGUUAAGUUGAAAUAAUGACAUCUCAUUAUUUGCCUUUAAUAACUCAUUUCAAGAUAUUGUGCCAUUAUUUCAACGUAAUUUAUUUUCAAGCUAGGUUGUGAUUUCAACUUAUUAAUCGUUAUUUCGACUUGGAAAAUAUGAAUUCACAAUAAUGAGACAUUACGUCAAAAUAAGGCCAUAGCUUGACUUUUAAUUAUGUUGAAAGUAAGAUCUUAAAAUAACGACUUAAGUUGUCGUAACGACAAAUAUUUCAAUUUAAUAGCCAAUAUCUAGAUACAUUUUGUUUGAACUUUAUUACAGAUCGUCAUUAUUUCAAUUUAAGAUCUUAUUUCAACGUAAAAUUUUUAAAAUUAUUUUAACUUAAAAUAUUAUUUAGAUGUAAUAACUUUUAUAUUUUAAGAUAUUAAGUCAUGUUAAUGAUGGGGUAUUGCUCUAAUUUAACCUCAUGUCAUUUGUUUGACCUUUGCAUCUCUUGCUUUGCUUUUGACAUUUUCUCCAACUAGAAUCUCUUCCUCACCAAAGUGCGAAUCCUGAUCCUAUUCUCAAACCAGGUGGCAUUUUCACACCAAAGUAAAAAUAGAUUGAUUUCCGAGGUCGAUGAGCUAGAUGUAGCCGUGCGUUAUCCUGCGUCCCCGCCGCUCAGGUGCAGGUGCAUUAAUGGUUGACGACGCUGGUUAAUAAUGAAUCAGGCGAACCUGCGGGCAAUAACUGGAGCCAAGAGGCACUUCAGAAACACCAUGAAUAAUUUUGUAGCCACUGUGUCACUAAUGAUCCUAAAUGAUCUGAUGUCACCAUGCUGAGUUUGUCCUGGCUUUGACUUCUCCUUUCUUCUCUUUCGUCUAUUAUUUAUUCCAAUUUUAAGUGUUUUUAUGAAAACUUCCUAGGAUUUCUUAGGGGUUUUUUUUUUUUUUUGUUUUGUUUUGUUUUUUUGGAGACAUGGUUAUGAGUGCUGCUGCUUGUGAGUCUGCAAAUUUCUUUCUUUUUUUUCUGCACUCUCAGAAGUAAAGGUACUGAACUGACUUUGAUCAUUGUCACUGAAGUACCAUUUAGUGCGUGUCUUUUACAAUUAAUCCGCUUUUAGCGUAAAUGUACAACGUCCGAUUUUAUACCUUCCGGUAUUUUUAAAGGUGAAAAGAGAGAUAAUAUAGAUACAAACGAACGAUGUACCCUUAACGGUACCACACCAGACCAGCGUAAAAGUACCAUACCUUUUGCUGCCUUUUUAUUUGAGAGCGUGGCUGCUGUAAUGAAAUGCACUAAUGUUCUCUGUAGGUGUAUAUAUGUGAAUGUUGCUCAUUAAGGUGGUCCCAGAAAGAAAAUAAUCUAGCACAAAAAAAACCCCUAGCACAAAAAAACCCCCAAACACAAACGGAUGCUAACGGUCAUUCUGGAAUAAAGGUACCAAAAAGGUACUUUUCUUUGGCGCAAGCAUUGCACUAUCAAGGACAUCUUUUGCAUGUUCGUUUAAGACAUGUAACCGGACCUUAAGGAGCAUUUGUGAGCCUUUUUAAAGCUUUAAAAGCGAAUCAAAGGUCCACACACUAAAUGGUACCAGCCUGGCGACAAGGAGAGUUACCAUUUGGUACUGAGAUUUCUGAGAGGGAUGAAAAAAAGCCAGUACUUAAAUUUUGGUCUUUUUAGGCACAUCUGAAAAGCUCGGAGUUAUAAAUAUAUAAUAUACAUUUAUACACACACACACACAGUAAAAAUGUACAAACCAACUUGAAAGUGAAGGGCCAUGUUUUUUAAAAUAUGCAUAUGAAGUAGCACUAGUGUUAAAAAUCUUUAAUGUAACUCAUUGCAUCAGUCAGUGUUUAGAUUUAUUUAAAUAUUUUAUUAUUGUUUUUUUUUUUUUUUUUUUUUCUUUUCAUUUUUCCAUUACAGCUAUUUUCUCAGCUUGCAGUUCUUUUGUGAUAGAUUGUUUUUUGGGUGUUUUUUUUUGUUUGUUUGUUUGUUUUUGUUCUGUGAAUAUACUGAACUGACUUGAACCAGUGUACAGUUAACAGUGUGUUUUCUCUUAAUCUCGACAUUACCAUUUUGUACCUGGAAUUGGACUGGACCAGUUCCUAGUGUUUCUCAUGGUCACUAUGAAACAGGAGUUGUAUGGAGGUGUAUAGACUCAUCACCACCAGAGAGCGCUGUAGGUUUGCGGUGAAGAGCACAUGUGACCUUGAAGUGAAUGUAAAUACUGUGAAAUAUUGUGAAAAAGACGAUACUGUACUGUACAAUGACCCUUUCGACCUCGGCUCAAGCGCCGAAGAGAGUAAUUUAACAUUUUUGUUCUUAAAGAAUUCCAUUAAAAGAAAAAAAAUGUCUGAAUUAAAACUGUCAUUUAAUCAUU